CCGAGCUGGGGACUUUCCCGGCAGUCCCACCCCCCCCUUCCUCCCCGAGCCUGGGCUCGCCGGAGAUGUUGAGCGUGAUGGAUUUCUCCUGCCAGGACUCGCUGUAUUCCAAGUGCCAGGAGAGCUGCGAGCUCAAAGCCGGGGAGCACCCGGGCUCGGGCCCGCAAGAGCAGCAAUUUGGGGCAGGGCAGCAGAGGGAGGCGGCGGCCGAUUUCCUCGGAGGUGAAUUCAUGGGGUCCACAAUCAACGGGGAAACGGCCGAUUACUUCUUCCUAGGCAGCCAGCCAGCCCCCUCGCUCAGCUACACGGGCAGCUUUUUCAUCAAGGCGAUGCCGGAGCAACCCCAGGACCAGGAAUCCCUCUUCAACUUGAUGUCGGGCAUCCUGGGCCUCUCUCCUUUCCCUGGCUCCGAAGGCCACCAGAGACAACUGGACUCUCUCUACUCGGUUCCAGACGCCCUUCAGAACCACUUGGACCUUUACUCCAGCUGCCAGCCGGAACUGAAUCUCUCUGUCCAGCCCCCCUUCGCCGAGCAGGGCUACCCCGCCUUCCCCACCCUGGAGAACGCGCCCCCAGUCCAAACCUCCCCGACCGUAGGAAGCUCCGCGCAGUGUCUCUUUGAGGCAAAACUGUUGGAAAACAAGCAGGACAUUAAGAUUCCCCCCAUGGCUCCAGCCCUGGACAAAUUCAAGGUUUCCUGCUCCCAAUGGGAGCCCCUCGCUCAACCUCAGAACUACUUGCCAGAUGGCUACCAGUCCCCUGAGUCCUUCCAGCCCCCGGAAAGUAGCCAAGCCAUGUUCCACCCCCUCGGAUCCAAAAUCGAAAACGUGUUGUCCGUCAGCUGCCGGUCCGAGCUCAACAGCCUGUCUGAAGCCUCGGGGACCUACAGCAACAGCUUAGGUUUCAGUUGCGAGCCGGAAAGUUUUCAGAAUCUCAACAGCCAGGGGCAGAUCCCCAGCGACUUCGGGGAGGCCAAGAGCCAUCCCCUCCCACCGCAGUUACUGCAGGACUUCGACUCCUCCUUGGCCCCACCCGAGGUCGUUCCAAGCUUAAUGAACCCAACCGAGCUCCUCCACCGCCACCAGUCCCCGUCAGUCCCUACCGCAGACUUCCUGGCCCAACCCUCCACCUCCUCAGCCAACGCUCUCCUCUCCACCCACCCCCACCUCCUAAGCGAGCCCAAGAAGAGAACCCGCAGGAACAAAUGCUUCUGCCCCAAGCCGCACGAGAAAUCCUUCACCUGCCCCGUGGAGAACUGCAUCCGGAGUUUCGCCAGGUCGGACGAGCUCAACCGGCACCUCCGGAUCCACACGGGCCACAAGCCUUUCCAGUGCCGCAUCUGCCUGCGGAACUUCAGCCGCAGCGACCACCUCACCACCCACAUCCGGACGCACACCGGGGAGAAGCCCUUCUCCUGUGACAUCUGUGGCCGCCGGUUUGCCAGGAGCGACGAGAAGAAGCGACACAGCAAGGUCCAUUUGAAGCAGAAAGCGAGGACCGAGGAGAAGCUCCGAGGCCUCGGCUUCUAUGCGGUGGGGCUGUCCUUUGGCACACUCUAAAGCCCAACUGGGAGCCCUGAUGGAUGUCGUUUUCUGGGGUGAGCCCGGGCACCUCUUGCUGAAGGGAUCAGGCUGGAGAGUCCACCUCCAAAUAGCUCCUUCGUGGCAGUGGCAAAGAUCACGACAAUUGGUGGUGUGGGCAGGGAUCGCUCCAUCUAGCGAUUCCUUCUGCCCAGGAGAGAAGGCGCUUUAGAUGUACAUAAGUGAAAGGCACCACACCGGCUCCGAUGGGCUCCAGGGGCGAUGCACAAUCGUCUGUGCCGUGUCACUGCUGGAGUAAGCCAAGAGGUCUCGGAAGUGAAGGAGAGAGAGGAAUAAUCCGUGCUCCAGGCAGUCACGCUGUUUCAGCACCACGCGGAGUGGACAGCUCCCGCUAGCGGCGUUGCUGCGCGGGGCAAAGGACCUUUGCAAACUGCAGUUUAUAACUUCAGUUUCAAGAAAGAGAAACGUGCAUAAAGAAACCCGCCCACGUUUUAGACGAAGAACAAGAUGCAUUUGUACUAAACUGAAUCCGAUUUACCUGGCCAAGCACUUUACACGAACUCCCUGAACAAUCCAGUGUAAGAACGGUUCUCCUGGCGAAACUGCACCAGAAGUGACGGCUGGGGGGCGUGGGGGAGCAAAAUGGAUGCGAUCAACAUGACGAACGGACGUGUUAAUUGAAGACAGGUGUUAUUUGACCAACUUUGGUUUAUAAUGUUUUGUACAGAACUAUGGCUGGUGGGGGGUCCCCCCCUGUAAAUAUUUCUCUUUGUAAAAAACAGAACCGAUCAGGAAUAUUACAAAGCUGUGUUUAUUUUUGCAAUUAAAAAGUUUG